AAUCGUAAACGCAAGGGUCCAAUGUUUUUAACUAUAUAAAUAAAAAUAUACAGUUACAAAUAAAAACUCAAGAUGCCCUUUAAAAAAAUAAUGAGGGGAGUGCCGUCGACCCUGCUGGCAGCUGAAGGGCUGAUGUACCAUGACUGGGAAGCCAUGACCCCGUGCCAAAGGGCUUGUACGUCUCGCCUGGGCGUCACCAUACAACAGGAACAAGAGGCUUACCUGCUGGCACACCCUGAAGUACGAGCUAUGUUAGAAAUAUUGAUAUCGAAAACGGCACUUAGCAAUAAAAGAAAAGAUAUUUUGAAAGAAGUAGCAGAGCAUUUUACGAGACCUGAUACAGAACUUGACGCAGAAAUAAGGGAAAGACUAAAUAUUCCGCCAAAGGUGCCCUAUACAUCGCAAUGUAAAACGCCGUUCAAAUACAAGGACUUAGACCUAGAAACAGAUUUGAAGAGGAUAAUUCUGAAACACUACCCUCCUCCACCGUGGAAAGUGCCUACACCAUCCAUAUCCACUCCCGACACUGCAUCGUCUUCAUUCAUAUCCAUCAUUACAUCGGACACCACGCUCCCUACGCCAGAGCCAAUACCUACUCCGGAGCCGACGCUGUCUGAGACAUUCUUUGGACUAAUUUCGAACACCGUGGACAAAGCAAUCUUCCUCCACGUCGAUGAUUACGCUCUGCGGUAUGACACGGCUUACGUCGAGCUGAAACGAGCUGUAGAAGAAGCCAUGGAAGUACCUGUCGCUGAGAUUAAAGAAGACAUUGCAGAGUUAUAUUACAAUGCCUAUAAGCUUUUUGAACUUGAUAUAUUGGAGAAGGAAAGGAUUGCUGCUGAAAUUGCUUGGGAUAAAAGAAUGAGAAAGAAAUUGAAGAGAACACUUAGAAGACAGAAGAAUUUCAAAGGUUAUGAAACCCCUCCGACGCCAAAGAGCGAGAUAUCAUCCCAUGAGAGCUACAAGAAGCCGCCUCAGCCUCCGUGCAUCUGUCAUCCGCAAUUUCACUACAACAGAUAUCCCAAGGAUCGCUUUGGAAUUUACAUGCCUAGAACUGAAGUGUACAGGGACCACAACAUAACAGUGACUCCGGCAAUUUCUAUAGAAAGUAUUGAUGAAGCAGCCAAUCAACAGCCAGAAGACGCGAAAUCUACAGCAAGCAACAAGUCAAAGGUUUCGACCAAAAGCGGCAAGCCUGCCAAUCAACAACCGGAUGAUACGAAGUCCAUAGUGAGCAACAAGUCCAAGGUUUCAACCAAAAGCGGCAAAAAAGCAACAAUUGCAGAUUAGCUAAUGUUUUCAUCAAGUUAAUAACGGAACAUAAUGACAAAAAGAUAUUAAACGUUUGGUUUUACAUUUUUUA